AUAAAAAUAAAUCUCUCUCCAAAGUCACCGUCUUUAACCCCCAAGAGGAGACGACCCCACCUCCCAUCUCGAUUAUCUUCUCCUCGAAACUUCCUCAAUCCCAAUACCGUGUUCACACCAAUCCCACACGUUUUCUUUCUGUAUCUAUAAUAUAUAUAUAUAUCUGUAUAUGUACAGCUGACCUGAAGUUUUCAAAUCCCACUUUCUGUAGUUUGACAUUCUCUCCCCCGGUUUCACAUUUUCAUUCACGCAAUCUGUCGAUCACCUUGACGGCUAUAUAUCAUAUUCAUGUAUGUAUAUGAAGCUUCCUCCACUUUCACACAAAACCCAUUUUUUUAGCGCACUCUAGACUUUAUUUUUUGAGGAAGCCGAUUUGGAGAUGAACGAGGAGAAGCCGCAGCAGAGGAAGAGAAGAAGAAAAGAGAGCACGAGCGCCGCCGUCGGAAUUCUGGGAGCAGCGGAAUCGGAGGAGAAGAAAGUGAAGACUAAAGGGCUGAACGAGAUCAUAACUUCUUUGAGCUUUCUCGAGGAUCAAGAGAAGAACGAAUUCGAAGAGGUUGAUAAAGCCAAUCGAGAAGAGAUUCUCCAAUUGGAGGAGAAUCACAGCAAGAGAAAUCGAGCGAUGAUGGAUUACUACACCAACCUACAAGGUUUUCACAAAGACGCCGAACAGGCUGAAGGAACUCGGAAGAGAAAGGGGAAGGCGAACGCUUUCGCCGCUGCAAACGUCGCUGCAAUAGCCAUCGGUGCUGGUGGUGGUGCUGCUGCUGCAUCAUCUGCUGAGGAUUCUGUUUUUUCCGGCGCCGGAGACAACAAGUCUCCGGCGGCACCCGGACCUCAGAGGCGGCUGUGGGUUAAGAACAGGUCUAAAGAUUGGUGGGACCAAUGCAACAGCCCCGAUUUUCCCGAGGAGGAAUUUAAGAAAGCUUUUAGAAUGGGGAAGGAAACAUUUGAUUUAAUCUGUAAUGAGUUAAGCUCUGUUGUUGCUAAAGAAAACACUAUGUUACGAGAUGCAGUUCCGGUUAGGCAACGUGUGGCGGUGUGUAUAUGGCGGUUAGCCACCGGAGAGCCGCUAAGGCUCGUCUCGAAGAAAUUCGGGCUCGGGAUAUCUACCUGCCAUAAGCUCGUGCUCGAGGUUUGUUCUGCCAUAAGAACCGUUUUGAUGCCGAAAUAUCUUAGGUGGCCCGAAGAAGAGACCGUAACGAGGAUAAAAGAAGAAUUCGAGUCGAUUUCGGGUAUACCUAAUGUAGUUGGAUCCAUGUACACCACACAUAUACCGAUAAUCGCGCCCAAGAUUAGCGUUGCAGCUUAUUUCAAUCGUAGGCACACAGAAAGGAAUCAAAAGACAUCGUAUUCGAUAACUGUACAAGGGGUUGUUGAUCCUAGAGGAGUGUUCACCGAUGUUUGCAUAGGUUAUCCUGGUUCGAUGCCCGACGACCAAGUCUUGGAAAAGUCGACGCUUUUCCAGCGGGCGAAUGCGGGAUUUUAUCAAGGGGUAUGGAUUAUCGGUGGCUCCGGUUACCCUUUGAUGGAUUGGGUAUUGGUGCCUUAUACGCAGCAGCAUUUGACAUGGACUCAGCAUGCGUUUAACGAGAAAAUCGGGGAGAUUCAAAAGAUUGCGAAGGACUCGUUUGCGAGAGUGAAAGGCAGGUGGGGCUGUCUGCAAAAAAGGACUGAAGUGAAACUUCAAGAUCUUCCUGUUGUGCUUGGUGCUUGCUGUGUGUUGCAUAAUAUAUGCGAGUUGAGAAACGAGCAAUUGGAUGCUUCGAUGGAGUACGAGCUUGUGGACGAUGAGAUGGUUCCGGAAAUUGGAUUGAGGUCGGCUACUGCAAUGAAGGCGAGAGACGCGAUUGCUCAUAAUCUACUGCAUCAUAAUCAUGCCGGUACAUCGUUUAUUUCGUAGUCGAAAGUCGGAAAGUUUUAAGCAAAUUCGGUGAUUGUUGUGUUGUAGGAUGAAUUCAUAUAAACAUACACAAAAAGAAUAACAUAUAGGUAAAUUUACAUUAGUUUCUUGAAGAUUGAUUAUUGUUUUAUUGUAUUGUUAAUUUGUUAUACUUGCAAAAGAUUGUAUUAUGAUUUAUGAACCUUAGAGAUCAAGAAAAUUUAUUUGGUCACAAUUGAUUUUGUGACAUGAAA